AUGGGGCGCAAGGAUUGUGUAUGCCGAUGUCUUAAAAAAAGGAAACGUGAUAAUUCUGCAGCCUUAAAGAAAGCAACAGAAGCGAGAAUGAAAAAUCGUCUAAAACGCUUAGAGGAGGAUAGCACCUUUAGAUCAGACACCGCCGCCGUGCCGGGUACUAGCCAUACAAGUGAUAAGUCAAUCGACGACUAUACAGUUGAUGGCAGAAGGAUAAUUGAUUUUCAAUACUUUUGGAAUCAAUUAAUAAAUAUAAGCGAACACAGCGAGAAAUUCGGCUGCAAAUUAAACUAUCUCAAAAUAUGCAAAGAGAAACAGGUGGGCCUCAUAUCUAAAUUUGACAUUAAGUGUACGAUGUGUGGAUCUAGCUUUGUUCUAAAAACUUCGGACAGCAACACAACUGAAGCAAAACUUGACCUUAAUGCUAGGGUGGUAUCAGGUUCAAUCAUUACGGGAAUUGGUCUAUCAAACCUUAAUGAGAUCACUGCUUCGAUGGAUUUGCCAACAAUGCCAUUUCGUUUAUACAGUAAAAAACACGACGCUAUUUCUGACAUGUGGAAGGCUGCUGCUGAAGAAACUAUGCUAAAUGCUGCUAAACAGGAAAGAGAGGCGGCAAAAUCACGAGGCGAUAUUAAUAAUGCGGGUAUAGCCAUGAUACCGGUAGAAGCGGAUGCCUGUUGGGGCAAACGCUCGUAUAAAAAUAAUUAUUCAGCCCUCUCUGGUGUUGCAGCCAUAAUCGGAGAGAAUAGUGGUAAAGUGCUACACAUUGGGGUUCGCAACAAAUACUGUGUUAUGUGCGCCCGAGCAAACAAAAAAGGCCAGCCAGCAAGACCCCACAAAUGCACUAAAAACCAUUCGGGAUCUUCAACCAGCAUGGAACAAGCGAUAUUAGUUGAAGGUUUUAAAAAUUCCAUUAAAGACAGAAAUUUAAUUUAUAACAUCCUGAUUGCGGAUGGCGAUUCUAGUACCUACAAAAGUAUAUUGGAGAGUCGACCAUAUCCGGUUAUUCCAAUUCAAAAAAUUGAAUGUACAAACCAUUUGUUGCGGAAUUAUAAUGGAAAGAAUAUGCUUCUUCAAAAAGAUACAACUAUUCCUUUGAACGAGCGUAAACUUUUAAAUAUGGACCGUAUGAAAAGGCUACGUACUGCUGUUCGUGCUGCUAUUAGACAGAGACAACAAGACAACAGUUCAAGUUCCUGUAAAAUUGAAAACCUCCAAAAGGACAUUUUAAAUAGCCCACAUCACAUCUUUGGGGACCAUUCAAAUUGUGAUAGUUAUUACUGCACAGAUGAGAGAAAAAAAGAGCCUGAUCUAGUCCCAUUAAUACCUACGCUGUUUUUGAAGAUUAAAAAGAACGUAUCUCAACUCGCCUAUAAUUCCCGAAGCCUUUUAUAUGCCUACACCAAUAAUCGCGCAGAACAAUUCAAUAGUAUUGUGGCUAAGAUGGUAGGUGGGAAACGCGUCAAUUUUUCGCUAAAAGACUCCUACACUACAAGGUGUUAUGCCGCAGUGGUAUCUUUUAAUACUGGCAAGCCACAAUACACUUUUUAUAAGUCAAUUUGUCACACUAGUCCAGGAAAAUCUUUAAAAUUGUUGGAAACCAGGAGACAUGCAAAAAAUACUCGAGAAGUAAUAGCACGUGCAGGUAGUACUCGCAAAAAAAUUAAUUUUAAUCCUGUAGAUGCUCAUUAUGGAGAAGAAUGUGAAAGACCGGAUAUGGAAGUUGCAAAUUAUGAGCGAGGAAAACAACUGUUUUUGAACAAUUUAAAAGAACAAGCGUUAAACCGUCAUGAAAUUGAGAGAGCUACUGUAUUACAGGCUGAAAGCUCUUUGUGGCUCGAACUUAGAAGGUGUAUACUUACUGCGUCCUUCUUUGGAGAAAAUGCUACCCAAAUUGACUCGGUUUUACCAAGAGUGCGUACUACCGGAAAUCAUAGACCCAAGAAAGGCAAGAUCAAUGCCUUUACGCCAAAUAUUCCUAUAGUGUGA